AUGGAAAAGAUUCUAUAUAGUUGUGCUAUUGGGAGCUUGAUGUAUGCCCAAGUAUGCAGUCGUCCUGAUAUAACAUUUUCUAUUAGUGUCCUUAGUAGAUACUUGAGUAAUUCUGGAUGGAGUCACUGGAAAUCUGCAAAGAAAGUUAUGAGAUAUUUGCAGGGUACUAAGAAUUAUAUGUUGACUUACGAAAGAUCUAGCAAUCUAGAAGUUAUUGGGUACUCUGAUUCUGACUUUACAGGCUGUGUAGAUGAUAAAAAAUCUACUUUUGAUUACAUCUUUAUGAUGUCUGGAGGAGCUGUUUCUUGGAAGAAGUAUGUUGCUUGUUAUGAGGCGACUUGUCAAGCUAUUUGGUUAAAGAAAUUGAUUUCUGGUAUGUUUGUUAUUGAGAGCAUCUCAAGGCCCUUGACCAUUUAUUGCGAUAAUGCUCUUGCUGUUUGCUUCUCUCAAAAUCAUAGGAAUUUUAGUCGACCUAAUCAUUUUGAUGUCAAAUUCCUGUUUGUUCGAGAGAAGAUUCAUGAAUCACAUACUCGAAUUGAACAUAUUACUACGGACCGAAUGAUUGCAGAUCCAUUAACCAAAUCUUUGCCCAUUAGUGUUUUUCAGAAGCAUGUUGGACAUAUGGGUGUACUGAAAUCUUUUGAUGAUGCUUUGGUUUAG